AAGUACUUUUUUUUUCUUUGUUGGGGUUGGGGUCUUCUCUGAUCCCGAGCUCUUUUUCUUUUUCUUCUCUUUCCUUUUUGUCUUUCUCAAAGGACUCCAUUCAUAAGAGGGGUGACGCUGAUGCAACAUUCACACUCCUUGGACGUUUUCUUUUUUGGAUUUCUUUCAAUUUUGUUUUUCUUUGGUGCCAAACAUGCUGGAAUUGGCUCCACUUGGUUUAUCUGAAAGGGGAUGUCUCUAUUAUUUUAUUGCAACAAAAUCUCCUAAGAACAGAGACCCCCCCCUCCCCAUCCAAGGAUGUCUGCCCUGCACCACUGAAUGAAAGAAUGUUCCAUUGUCUGUUUCAAUUGACCAUCAUUACCCUCAUAGAAAAUGCACUUCUCAUGGGUCUCAUUGUAAGUUCAAAACCCAAAAGUUAAAAAAAUAGAAUCCUACUACUGGUAAUCAAGUUGUUGCAAUUUGGAUUUGUUGAAUGAAAUCAGUAGUUUUGUUUGAAUCUUUGUUUAUGUGCUGCAGGGAUAAGACAGUAGCAAAAAGGAAAAACAAAAGCAAAGAGAGAACAACAAAAGAAAAUGUUUACGUGCAUAGCGUGCACCAAGCAAAUGGCGGAUGGAGGGGAAGAAGUAGAAGGAGCGCGUGGAAGUGGCACGCCUAGUACAAAAGAAGCCGUCAAAAGCCUGACGGCGCAGAUCAAGGAUAUGGCAUUGAAAUUUUCUGGCGCUUAUAAGCAAUGCAAGCCAUGCACGGGCUCCAGCAGCUACAAGAAAGGACAUCGACCUUAUCCAGAUUUUGAUGCUGCUUCAGAAGGGGUUCCAUACCCGUACAUGGGCGGAAGCUCUAGCUCAACACCUGCAUGGGACUUCACGAGUGCCAGUCAUCAUCCAGGAAGAUCAGACUCAAGAUUUACGGGGGUAUUCAGUGGUGACAGAACCCCUGGUGGAAUGGACUCUAUGUUUGCCCAGGAUCUGGUGCUAGAAGAUGAGGAUGAGCCCAAGGAAUGGAUGGCACAAGUGGAACCUGGGGUUCAUAUCACAUUCGUGUCUCUGCCUAAUGGAGGAAAUGAUCUCAAACGAAUUCGCUUCAGCCGGGAGAUGUUCAACAAGUGGCAAGCACAGCGAUGGUGGGGUGAGAAUUAUGAUAGGAUCAUGGAGCUCUACAACGUGCAGAGAUUUAAUCGUCAGGCAUUACAUACUCCCCCAAGGUCUGAGGAUGAGAUGCAGAGAGAUUCUUCUUACUCAAGGAUGGGAUCAGCAAUGGAAAGUCCCAUGCCUCAUUGGACACCAAGAUACAACUAUAAACCCUCUGGAAGUAAAGGCUACUUCCCAUCAGAGAAUAUGGACCAAGGUGGGACCCAACAUUACAGUGCUGGGCCAAGUGCUUACGGUGCAGGUGGCCCGAGAGGUGAGGCAUCUUUUGAUGCUUCACGGACGACAACCUCAUCUAGAGAUGAGCCUUCUGUUUCUGUCAGCAAUGCCAGUGAAAUGGAGGCGGAAUGGGUUGAACAAGAUGAGCCCGGGGUAUACAUUACCAUCAGACAGUUGGCUGAUGGCACCAGGGAGCUCCGGCGUGUCAGAUUCAGCCGCGAGAGAUUUGGGGAAGUAAAUGCAAAGCAGUGGUGGGAAGAGAACAGAGAAAGGAUACAAACACAAUACCUUUAAAUUAUAACAAUUUUACACAAAAGAUAUGGUAAUGGUAGCAGGCGGUGGAUAUAAAUGUAUUAAGGGUGCACGGCAGUCGGAUGCUCCAAAGGAAUGGAAAAGACCCCCUUCAAUUUUGUUUCUCACAUGUUACAGGUAAAAUGGGCUUUGUCACCUCUUAGUGAUGAUGAACCAGUGCGCUAACAAACGUCGUUUUCACUAAACAAACUAAUCAUAAUGCCAUUCCUUUCCUGGUGACAAUCCAAUGGAGGUUUUGUUUCCCGGCCGGGAGUCCCAAGCAGAGCCCCUUGUGUUUUUUGUCUGCCAAUUUUCAGGGGCUCUGUAAGAUACUAUUGGAGUUUUUAUUGGGCCAGCGAAUUACGUUAUCUGCGGUUGUUUUUGCUUUUCUUUUUUUUUUUUUUGUAAUACAAACUUGAUAUGAUAGUUGAAGAAAUGAAAUUGAAUCAUUUGUGGU